GUAACUUGUUUAUUUUUAAGCUGGAGGUGUCUCCGAAAUAACAUUUAUUAUUUCGCUGCGAUAUCAAAAUAUCCCGCUAUAAAUAGUACCGUGUAUAAAGUAACGUAAUAUAUCCGCCACCAUGUCUGUUAUGGGAAAAAUAAUACCUAAUGUUUCGAGCCGGAAUUUCGGGCGUAUUAGUGCCGCGUUGUCAAAUAGAACCUAUUUUACAUAUACACAGGAAUUAUCGCAGCCUUUGGACAGGAAGCCCGAGACGCUGACUGCAAAGGAGGCGUUUGAAAAAUGUUUGAAAUCAGGUCAAACGGUAUUCUCCCAAGGCGCAGCAGCCACCCCUGCGCCACUCCUAGACGCCAUGACCGCGGUGGGCAAGGCCGGCUCUUUCAAGGACAUCAGGGUUGUCCACAUGCACACAGAGAAAGAUGCCGCCUAUGUGGCACCCGACUGUGAAGGCAUCUUCAGGUCAUGUUCCCUGUUCAUGGCAGCCAACGUCCGCAAGGCAGUGGCCGAAGGUCGUUCCGACGCCAUCCCCAUCUUCCUUCAAGACAUCCCCAAGCUGUUCCACAGGAAGAUCAUCCAGCCCGACAUUGCUGUCAUUCAGGUGUCUCCCCCAGACAACCACGGCUACUGCAGUUUGGGCACGUCCGUAGACUGCGUACGCGCCGCUCUAAUCAACUCUAAAAUUAUUAUCGCUCAAGUGAACGUAAACAUGCCUCGCACAUUCGGCGACGCCAUCAUCCACAUGUCGCACAUCGACUACGCCGUCGAGGACAACACUCCAUUACCGGAGCAUGGAGGCAAAGGCGGGAGUCCUGAGGAAACGAAGAUUGGACAACUUAUUGGGGACAACUUGGUUGAAGAUGGAGCUACACUUCAGAUGGGUAUCGGCAGCAUCCCUGAUGCUGUGCUCUCCGCGCUGAAGAACCACAAGGAUCUCGGCAUCCACUCGGAGAUGUUCAGUAUUGGAGUCAUUGAUCUGUUCCGUCGCGGCUGCAUCACCAACCACAAGAAGAAGACUCACCGUGGUCGUAUCGUCGGUAGCUUCUUGGUCGGCAACCGCGACCUCUACGAUUUCGUUGACAACAAUCCCGCCAUUGAAAUGCUGGAGAUCGACUACGUGAACAACACGCACAUCGUGUCCCUGCAGCCCUCCAUGACCGCCAUUAACUCCUGUAUCGAAGUGGACCUCACUGGCCAAGUGGCAGCGGACUCCAUCGGCACUCGUAUGUACUCCGGCUUUGGCGGUCAAGUGGAUUUCAUCCGCGGCGCCGCCGAGGCCGUGGACGGGCGCGGCAAGCCCAUCAUCGCCCUCGUGUCCAACACCAAGCGCGGCGAGAGCAAGAUCGUGCCCACGCUCAAAGUCGGAGCCGGCGUAGUGACCUCACGCGCCCACGUCCAGUACGUAGUCACCGAGCAAGGCAUCGCGAACCUGUUCGGCAAAACUCUGCGCCAACGUGCCUACGAACUCAUCAAAAUCGCCCAUCCCGACCACCGUGAGGGACUCGAGAAGGCCGCUUUCGAAAGACUGAAGUGCAUGCCUGCGCCUUAAAUUAAUAAAAAAAAAACCAUACAUAUGCAGAAGUAUUCAUAACACAACCGUUGUGGGUUGGCAGUAUAUAAAAACUACGUUAUGGUAGUUUAUCUUACUAGAUAGUUACUAGAAACGCACUGCCUUUAUACAAUUUACAACUGUAAUUUACAUUGGCUGUUUGCAGCGAUUCCAUUAUGCAUUUGGAUUGGUUUUAGGACGCUAGAGGUCAGUACUGUCAGUAGUCUCCAAUAUAGCCUAAUGUUACCGAUUGCCUUAUAUUGUCAAUAUAUAAAAUGUAUUAUUUUAUAAAUACCUCGUCAUUCGUAGGUAGUGUAAGCGUACUGUUUUUUUAAGAUCACUAUAUCAACUUAUUUUUCAUUAUUUGCCAUUUUGGUCGGAUUUAUUUAUAGUAUUUUUUGUAAGUUAUUGCUUCUUGUAACGCUGCGAAUUUAUAUUGUUAACAGUCAUUAUUUUCAAUUAAUUAUGUUGUAUUUUUUAUGUAUUAAACGUACUUCUAGUUGAAUAAAA